GGUCCAAGUAGAUUUUACUCAACCGAAUAGUCAUUAAUAUCUAAAACAACUUAAACGCAUGUAAAACUACAUGUACGACAAUCCAGUGCGAAUGACGACGGUUCCUCUACUGCGCAUGCGCGGCCGAGUGUUGUCAGCGGUGGUUAUGGAGAUGGGUCUACAACCUGUCAAUAGCACUCCAAUGUUCGUGUGUACGUCAGAGGGAUGCCCCGGAAGAUAGGAUUCAUUGUGGUCAACUCUUCAAGUCAUGAGGACAACUUCAGUGCUAAGGAGCUCAUGGUCCAUGCACCCACAGUCAACGGCUGGAGGUCUAGCAGGUUGUGCUGCUACCCCCAGUACGUCACCCUACAGCUGGCGGAGAGAAGUAGGGUGAGGAAACUGCAGCUUCUGGGCCACCAGUACCUGAUCCCAUCCAAGGUUGAGUUCCACAUUGGAGACACCCUCCCUGAGUCCAGCAGCUCGACGUUCCCUGGGCAGCUUCGCAGACUCGGGUACGUGUCUUUGUCAGAAAAUGAGAAGACAGGCUUCCAAGCACGGGAGCUGAAGUCAGUGCACGUAGACGCCAUCGGAACGUAUCUGAGAAUCACCUUCCAUAGGAACCAUGUCAACCAUCACAAUCACCACAAUCAGGUCGCUUUGGUUGCCAUUAAUGUUCUGGGAGAUUCUUCGGAUGGCAACGCCUUCAACACAAUUCCAAGCAGAGAGCAGCUGAUCGAACAGUACCUCAACAGUACCCAGCUGGAAGCCGCCUUGGAGACGACCUUCAUGGGUAAAUGUGAGUCCAUCUCCCCUUUGGACGACCUGGCCUUCGACAUGUACCAGGACCCCGAAGUUGCCAACAUCAUCCGACUCCUGGACCAAAAGAAGCAGGAGAUGGUCCAGCGGGAGGAAUACGAGCAGGCCAAGAAUCUGAAGCAGGCCAUCGCAGACCUGCAGAAGGUGGGCGAGCGUUUGGCUCGAUACGAUGUGGAGAAGCGAUGUGCGAUCGAAAAGGAAGACUACGACCUGGCCAAGAGGAAAAAAGAGCUGAUGGAAGAGUACAGGAGGAGCGUCUACCAGCAGCUGGAGGUCCACAACGUGCUGGACAUGGCAACGAUCACGCGGGCCGCAGAGUCAUCGUCGGCCCGCGACCCUCCUGCCCCUCUGCCUUCUCCUGGUCACCGCUCUGCCCCCGCUAAGCCCCUUGUGUCCACAAACACAUUCAGGGAGGGGAAAAAUACAAGCGCUCCCCAGAACCAACAGUCAGACACAGAAACCGCUGUGGCCAAAGUGAGCAGCCAGCUCGACCCCCCGUGCAUCCCCUCUGCUGUGCCUGAGAUAGAUGUUACCUGUGUGCCUCAUGACGAGAGGCCGCUCCCGGCCAUUCGGAGGACGGAGCGGCCUGUGGAGUCGGCUCUGUCCUCUGAGGAGCAGCGCUCCCCCCAGCCUGGUGCUCGAAGGGCUCCACACAGCCCAGAGGUGAGCGGAGAGCCGGAGCCCCUGACGGAGACGGCCCAGAGAGAGGCUGGCCUUCCACUAGAGGUCUACGGAGAAAGCGUGCCCCUCUGUCUACUCCAGGUGGCCGGGGCGUAUUCCAAAACUUGGUCCUACAGAGAAAACGCUCUCCUGGCUGUGUACAAGAAGCUGUCGGAGCUCUCACCCGCCACCCCCAAGGAGGAGCUGAGAAACAUGACAAGAGCUGCUGUCUUCCUGGUCAAGAAGUCCCUCCUGGAUAAGGUGUCUUCUGUUUUCCACGCCUCCUUGAAGCUGCUGCGGUUACUGCUCAGCCAGCUGGUCCCGGGUCUGGGGCCGGGCCGGGCCGAGGUGAGCCACUGCAUAGAUCAGACUUGGCCCAGCCUGCUGGCCAGGACCGGAGACUCAGUGAGCCGCCUCCGCUGCGCGGCCUCUGCCUUCAUUCAGGAAAUUGCUGUUUUGAAGGAUGUACGCGCUCUGCAUGUAAUCCCUGGUGAGCUGGUGAAGCCCUUCAAGUCCAACUUCCCCUCCCGUCCGGCUCAGAGUCGGGUCGAGCUGCUCCAGAAGUUGCUUGCUGAACUGGGGACGGAAAACUCGGGCUUCACCCCGGACAACGUCAUGACGUUCUGUGCAGCAGCUUUGGAGCACAACGCAUCGGCGGUUCGGGAUCUGGCUGCACGCGUCAUCUUGUCCAUGUACCAGCAGCACAGAGCAGCGGUUCUCCACCACCUGCCGCCCAACAAUGCUGUGGCACGAAAAAACUAUCUCUUCAAAACCCUCUUUGAUGGCUUCUCAAAGAUUGAUGGAAAGCCGGUUUCAAAUGAGGGAGGUGGUCAGCAGGAGGGGCAAAAGGCGAAGGAGGAGAUCCACUCUCUUCAGGAGCAGCUGGCCGCCUUGAAAGAGAUCACAGAGAGAGGGAACGACACCACCAAAGGACAAAUGCCAAAGAAAGAAGCCCCAAAAGCUGAGUCCCAAAGAGCUGGCAAGCCAACUGCCACAAAAGUGCCGCAGAACAAGGUGGCAGACAGUAUUGACGUCCAACCAUCCGUCAACUACCUGGACAACCUGUGUAUAUUCUGCGGGAAAAAGGAUGAGUCAUUCACAGAGGACGGAUUGGACCUUCACUACUGGAAACACUGUCCCAUGCUGAGGCGAUGCGACGAAUGUCGACAGGUCGUGGAGAUAGCCAGCCUCACGGAGCACCUCCUCGGCGAAUGUGACAGCAGGUCCAUGUUCAGCCAGUGCCCGCGCUGCUCGGAGGCCGUGGCCUCUGAAGAUCUGACGCGGCACGUUCAGGGCCCCGCCUGCAACGGGCCCAUCUCUGGAAAAAGCUCCAAUCACUGUCCUUUGUGUCACAACAACUUCCUGCCCGGAGAGAAGGCCUGGAAGGCUCACCUCAUGGGGAGGGAGGGCUGUAAACAAAACUGCCGAAGGACUGCGGUGUCCCAGAGAACCCAGCCGGCACAAGGCAGGGCUGGCGAUGGGGCCAACUUGAAGCAGGCCUGGUCGGUCGGGGCCAGAGGCAGAGCCAUGGGCAGAGGCAGCCGGAUCCCGGCCUUGGCCCACCGGGCCAGGGGACAUCCUCCGGGGAAGCACUGAGGCACCUGGAGAAACAAACACUCCUCCCCACCGUCCUGCACAGCGCCACUUUUAGAAAAGACAUCUGGAUGUUGGAUCUCUUUUGUCUGUAUCUUGAGAGUCCGGCGUCACACACCUGUCGGGCUCCCAAACAUGUGCCCACCGUGUGCUGCCGGCUGGUAUCCCCUUACAGAAGAGCUCUGUUUUGGAGGCUCUUAUAUUUCAAUUUGCUCGUGUUUGUUUUUGGAGGGACCGCGGACGGGCAGGAGAUGUAGAGCUCGACACGGGUCGGUGGCGUGCAUGUAAGGCACAGUGUUUAGGGGGAUCUGUGAGCAGAAAAGAAAUUGAAAACAUCACUAUGUUUCUCCUUUUUGUGUAGAAACCACGUCGUUUCGUUUAUGUGUCUACGUAGAGAGUCCGCCAUCUUGAAGCCGCCAUGUUUUUUGCUUUAGCCCAGAACGGAGGAACGUCCUUACGCGUCACCCGAAGGCCGCCCUGCUUCUCCGCUGUAACGCAAUCCCGUCUGACCCCUGCUGCUCCUGAAGCUGUUGUUAUGGUAUGCUUGGCUCCUGGAGCGAGGCCACCGGCGCCACCGUGGUUUUGCACUGGACGGCUCACGUUACCGCUGUCGCUGGAGUUUUGCUGGAGUUUUUUAUUUUUUGUUGUUUAAAGAACGAUCAAAGAUGUCCUUCAUUCCAACUCCACGCCCUCAGUUGGUAGUACGGGCUUUCGCUGAUGACAUCACUGUGAUGUCAUCAGCGUUGUGUCUCCAGACGCUGCGAACGUACAAAACAAUUUAUACAUGAAAUCUAAUGCAGUUGUACAUUUUUUUUUACUUAAAGGAUUUACGGGGUUGUAUUUAAUGAGAUUUGGAUCACAACUCUUGAGGAAAAUCCCCGGGUAUAUAAUACCAUUAAAUACUUAAUCAGUCACUAGAUCUUCCCAGAGCGCAGGUAGAGCGACUGACACUGUGAAGGAAUAAGCAUCCUCGAGCCUUUGACAACGCGAGUGUACCCAACACACUGCCAUCCGUUUACAUUUCUUCUUCCAUUUUCUAUAAAUUAUAUCGAAGGAAUGAAGUAGCACAUGCUAAGUGUCCAGUAUAGUAUGACCUUAAUUUAUUUUCCUUCUUACUGCUGAUUGACGAUCUUGACGAAGUAGCACAGCUUUGUCUUCCUCCCCGGACUCACACUAAAGAGAUGGAUCUAUUGUAUGCAGUUGAACAUGACGUAGACUGACCCGGGCGGACAGUCCGAAGGACUUUAAACUGAUAAUAUUUUGCUAGAUUUAUUUUUAAUGCUAGAAAUUGUACUUCCAUUGUACUGCAAAGUGUUAUGAUGAUGUUGAUUGUGACAUAUCUGCAAAAACCAUCUUUAAAACGGGUUUUUGAACCUUAUCUAAGCAAACUGUUAUGUUAGAAUAAUACCUGAUAAUGUGGUUGAUAACAUUUACUGCUGAUGCAUAAAAGUAUAUUUUGGUUUGAACUACCCAAUCCUUCACGUUGGCUUUUAUAUGAAUCUAUGACGCAAAAGUGUAUAUUUGUCCUGUUUUCAUUUGCAUAAUAGUCAGUAUUUAUAUCUGUAUUUGUUUAAAUAAAGCUAUAUGACGCUGGA